AUGAUGUACAACACCAAGGGUCUGAAUAUCGCAUCAAACCGACUGAAGGCUAAUACUCACGAGCUCUCCUCGACUUCUCUAGUUGCUGGACCAGUCCAUACCACCUCACCAAAUCGAGGUCUCGCUGCUCGCGUGCACCGAUCCAGGAAAGGAUUCGCCUCGGGGAAAUCGCGCUUGUCAUUAAAAAUCGAUGCCGACUGUAUGACUGCUGAAAAAGGAACACCGGUAACGAGAGAGUCAACCCCCGCAUCGACCUCCAGCUGCGGCAGCGACGCAGUGCCGUGGUGGGAAGUCGAGUAUCAAUGCCCACCCCCCGGUCAUCUCGGCGCUCACGUGGUCCCCGUUUCCGCUGAAGUGAAGACAGCAGAUUCUCCAGCUGCAACGAAUUCAGUCGCACGGACCAGCAGCAGCAUGACGAGCAGAACAGAGACCAACCAAACACAAAGUGUGUCUAUUGGACUUUCGACUCGUACUCAGAUAGAGACGAUGUCAUUAGCCAGCAUCAUUCGACCAGGCUUGGUGCUGUAUGAGACUCCCGAUCGAGCACGAAGAAGUCCACACAGCAAGCUGCUGAGCAUACGGGCCUCUUCUCCUCGUCGUACGCUGCUUCAAAUUCUCUUGUUGGUGGACAAUUGUCCAAGUCAAAAACGUAAGAUACGGUCCCAAGACGUGACAGACUGCGAGACCGAUCUCUUCUACGCUCCUAUGACUAAGGAACUCAAACGUGUCCACAAGUCCAGUCAAGCGGCGACACCGUCAACGUUGGUGCAGCCCCUAGCACAGAUCGGCCUUGGUGAGACACGUGGUCUUUUGUCAGCAAGUAAGCUGAUUGAGAAGACGGAAGACGAUGAGCGUCCUGCUCCGUAA